CAUAUGCAUAACAGGACAUCCUCCUGUCGUGUAGCCUAAUUAUAGAGCUGUAGGUGUAGUUACGUAGCGUGGAGUUACCGCAAUUAAUCAGAACAUUUUCAUCUCAUAUAGUAAUGGAUCUGUGGGGAGUUUAUCUGUUUCAUCUUAUAACUUUGGCCCUGUUGGAGGUUAUAUUGGCUGGCAGAGACUGCUUGGUGGCUGGAGACUCAUGCUCGAGCGACGAGAAUUGUAGUCCACGUCUGCGGACUUUGCGUCAAUGUGUGGCGGGAAAUGGCAGCAUGAAGUUGGGCCCCGGGGCCAGAAGUCAGUGUGCCAAUGCAGUGUCCGCCCUCCUCUCCAGUCCUUUACAUGGUUGCCAGUGUAAACGGGGCAUGAAGAAGGAGAAGAAUUGCCUCAGCAUCUACUGGAGCCUUCAUCAGUCCAUCAUACAUGGACUCAACCUGGUGGAGAGUUAUCCUUAUGAGGCAGUGGAGAGGGAUUAUGACUAUGUCCGCUUGGCCUCUAUUACAGCUGACUCUGAUGUUGGCAUGACAACUGUGAACCGCUGCCUGGACGCGGCCAAGGCCUGUAACGUGGACGACUUGUGCCAGAAGCUUCGCACAGAAUAUGUCUCAGCUUGCAUCAAACCCACUGCCAAGUCAGGCCUGUGUAACCGGGCUAAAUGCAACAAGGCUCUGCGCAGGUUCUUUGACCGUGUCCCCGCCGACUACACACACGAGCUGCUCUUUUGUCCUUGUACGGACACGGCGUGCGCAGAGCGUCGGAGGCAGACCAUUGUACCCAGCUGCUCUUAUGAAAGUGCAGAGAAGCCCAGUUGCCUUACACAGAUGCGGAUCUGCAAGGCUGACUAUGUGUGCAGGUCUCGCCUGGCACAGUUCCAGUAUGACUGCCAACCCUCCAAAUCAUCUGCCAAUGGCUGCAAGCAAGGGAACUAUGGAGCCUGUCUCCUCGCCUACACAGGGCUCAUAGGAAGUUCGAUAACCCCCAACUAUGUCAACAACUCCACGUCUAGUGUUGCCCCGUGGUGCUCGUGCUCAGCCACUGGGAACCAGAGAGAGGAGUGCUUUGACUUCCUGGGAUACUUCACCGACAACAUCUGUCUCCGGAAUGCCCUCCUGGCGUUUGGAAGUGAAUUAGAUCAGCAGCCCACUCUCAGCCAAUCAAGUCCACCAAGCCUGGGCCAUGACGGCGGAGAAAAGCAGAGUACUACCUCUCCACACAAUGCCAUGGAAACCAUGCGGAACAUUCUGGACACAAUAAUACCGACACAGGCAAUGGGAAAUGAGCAGCUACUUGGCAGCUCCACUCUGCCAUCCAACAGGCUCCCAAACUCUGCUUCACCUCCUCGCCUAAUGCCUCAAGCUGCAUUCACCAGCCUUCUGUUGUUGCUUUUUCAUCUGCUCUGCAACGGACACUAA